GAGGCGCGGUGCGGUGCGCCGGAUCGGCACUGCUGCUAUAGAGGAACUCUAACCCAGCUGCUGUCCUCAGAGCCAGUGCCAGCCUCUGAGGAACCCUUUCUGUCUCCCCAGGUUUGUGAUCGCAGCGCUCGGAAGCCCUCGGUGCUAUGUUAUCCUGCCACAUGCCAAAUUUAAGGCAUCCGUCCAAGUGGAUGUUUGCCCCUCUCCUCCUUUUCCUGGCUGAGCUCGACUGCAGCGCCCAGCCCACUUACCAAUGGAAAGAUGCUGUGACGAACGAGAAGCUCACCUGCCAGCAGUGCCCACCGGGGACCUUCGUGGCACAGCACUGCACCAGGGACAGACAGACAGUGUGCGAACCCUGCCCGGAUUUGCACUACACGCAGUACUGGAACUACCUGGAGAAGUGCCGGUACUGUAACGUCAUCUGCGAGGAGAAGCAGGUGGAGGUGCAGCAGUGCAAUUCCACCCACAACCGUGUCUGUCAGUGCCAGGAGGGCUACUACUCGGAGAUGGAGUUCUGCAUCAGGCACUCCAAGUGCCCACCGGGCUCCGGCGUAGAGAAACUGGGUACCCCCUUCGAGAACACCCAGUGCCGCGCCUGCCCUCGUGGCUUCUUCUCUUCCUCCAACUCCAGCACCAAACUGUGCCAGCCGCACCAAGACUGCGAGCAGCAGGGCAAGGUGACCAACGUGCAGGGCAACCAGUACCACGACACCCUCUGCACCUCCUGCAGACUGGGGAGGAUCAACAGCACGCAGGGACCAGCUCUAGGAGACGACGACUGCGAGCAAGCCAUGAUAGACUUUGUGGCGUACCAGAACAUCCCCGUCAGAAAGCUGAAGCGCCUGCAGCAAAUCCUGGAGGGUUCACCGAGGAAGCAGGCGCUGGGGACCAGGGCGGCCAUGCAGGAGAAGUUCAGGGCUUUCCUCAUCCACCUCAAAGAGGGGCACUACGAGGUCACCAAGGAGCUGCUGGACGCGCUGCGAGCUGCCAAGCUGCACUCCAUCGAGGAGAAGGUCCGCGAGCGCUUCCUCCUGUCCUGAGAACACGAACUGAACUUUAUGGGUGGUUUUUGGUUUGAUUUUUCUUCUGUGGCUUCGUUAAUUUAUUAAUCUUCCCAAACCUAACUUGAAAUGCAGCACUAGAGAUGAGUGAUGGGUCAGAGUUAAACCGGGUCCCACUCUGCGUGCGGCUGCAACGCUGCUUCCAGGAUGGGAUGCUGUGAGCGGCAACAUCCCUGCGCCCGCAGCCGGUGCAGCUCCUGGGGGCUCCCUGGGUGCUGGCCCCUGAUUUUUUUCUAGCACUCAGCAAGCGUCAAUACUUUAUCAGAAGAGAAACAUGCGGCCAGGGUUGUUUUUUCUGGGGAAGAACCCAGCUCCCCCUCUUUAGAAAACUGGCUUUGUUUUAAACUGCGUUGUUUUGUUUUUGUUGGGGUGUUUUUUCAGUUAUUUAACAGUAUUCCCCACAGAGGAUUCACUUGCAUUUGUUUGUCAUGCUUUGUUUUGAGAAAGGAGUUUAAUGCUGAGACUGCUCUCAGUCUCAGUACCAGUAACUGCUGUCACUGGUACAGCCAGCUUUAAAUUUAUUUCUAAACUACCUGUUUUUAUACUGUGUGUGAGAUGUUUUCUAGAGAAAGAAACCAAAGAAGUUAUUUUUAUUAUACAAUUCUCUGUCA